GGUGACAGUUGGUAAAAGGAAAGAAACGUUCUGUUGAAGUAUUGGACCCGAGACUCUGGCCUAGAGAUGAAGAGGCAAGAUACAGAAGAUCAAGUUGAGGAGUGCAGCGGAGACUCCCAGGCUUGCGCGACCGAAGCGGCGGCGAGCCCGGUGCCCGCAGAAGCGCCAGGCAGCCCGAAAGAAACAAACACAGAGAGUACCAGCACUCCUCCCCUGGACCCCAAAGAAGACGAAGGAUCGCCUGAGGCUGGAGCUGUGUCUGGGUCCUGUGACAUGGCAGAGGAGCUGAGCAGACAGUUGGAAGACAUUCUCAACACGUACUGUCAGGAGGAUGGCAGUGAGGAUGCAGCUCUGCCCAAUGGUCAAGCUGACGGUCUGGAGGUGAACGGCCUGGUCGAGAGAGAGGACAGCAAGUCAGAGGGGACCAAGCUGAACGGAGACGGGAGCGCCGACAAGGACCAGAAGAAGUUACAGGAGAAGAAGAAAGUUAAAGGAUUGGGCAAAGAGAUAACCCUCCUUAUGCAGACUCUGAACACACUGAGCACUCCUGAGGAGAAACUGGCAGGCCUGUGUAAGAAAUACGCUGAACUGCUGGAAGAGCACCGUAACAGUCAAAAGCAGAUGCGGACGCUGCAGAAGAAGCAGACCCAGCUGAUCCAGGAGAAAGACCACCUGCGGAACGAGCACAGCAAAGCCAUCCUGGCUCGCAGCAAGCUGGAGAGCUUAUGUCGCGAACUGCAGAGACACAACCGCACGCUAAAGGAGGAGGGAGUACAGCGCGCCCGCGUGGAGGAGGAGAAGAGGAAAGAGGUGACGGCACACUUCCAGGUGACCCUGAACGACAUCCAGGCUCAGAUGGAGCAGCACAACGAGCGCAACGCCAGCCUGAGACAGGAGAACGUGGAGCUGGCGGAAAAACUCAAGAAACUCAUCGAGCAGUACGAGCUCCGGGAAGAGCACAUUGACAAGGUGUUCAAGCACAAAGACCUGCAACAGCAGCUGGUGGAUGCCAAGCUUCACCAGGCCCAGGCUCUGCUGAAGGACUCAGAGGAGCGCCACCAGAAGGAGAAAGAGUUUCUCCUUAAAGAAGCAGUGGAAUCUCAGAGGAUGUAUGAAUUGAUGAAACAGCAGGAAGUUCACCUCAAACAGCAGUUGUCAUUAUACACAGAGAAGUUUGAGGAGUUCCAGAACACGCUCUCGAAAAGCAACGAGGUGUUUGCAACGUUCAAGCAGGAAAUGGAGAAGAUGACAAAGAAGAUUAAGAAGCUGGAGAAGGAGACGACCAUGUACAGGUCGCGGUGGGAGAGCAGUAACAAAGUGCUGCUGGAGAUGGCAGAAGAGAAAACACUAUGUGAUAAGGAGUUUGAGAACCUGCAGGUGAAGGUUCAGAGGCUGGAGAAGCUCUGUCGGGCUCUGCAGAUCGAGCGGAACGAGCUCAGUAAGAAAGUCCAAGACCUCAGUCACUCAGAGAACGGAACAGGCCAGGAGACGGGGGCGGGCACGGAAGAGGGGUCACAGCAACAACCCAUAGACUCUGAGGAGAGCAGCCCCGCCCAGAGUACCAGCCCAGACCCAGACCCAGAGACUCUGCCCACCGCUUGCGCUCAGGCGUGCCACUGUGGCCCAGAUCUAGAGACUGACACCGAGAGUCAGAUGGAGGCCAGUGCCCUCACUGCCCAAGAUUGAGUCACUCUGCCUGGGCUAAACCCCUCUCACAAUCUCCCCUCCUUCACCAGCCCCCAACAAAGUGGUCUGUCAGUCAGUCUGGUCCUUCUGCUGCUGCCAGCACGGCUCUGUCUGUGUUGGUCUCCUUUUGGGGGUUCACCAUUGUGUCAGAGAAGACUGUGCCUUCAAGAUGGUUCUUUCUCUGCAUUUUUACCCUCUCACCCCUCUUCCCAGUGCCCAUUUUGUUAGUCCAUUCCAAUAUGAAAAUUCUAACUCGUAGAAAUUUUUUCGCUUUUAUGCACUGAAGGGGCAUGGAAUAUUGCUGCUGCUUUGGAAUGCUUAACCUCUGUGUAAAUGAUGGAGCUUGAAUGGUCCAUUAUGUAUAUGUCUGUAUGAGUGUAUAGCUCUCUGAAUGUUUGACUUAAUGAGCGGAGAAAUGUGGCUGAAUUGCUUGAUAACAUUAUUGCUCUUAUGUUAUUUUACUCUAAAUGCAAUAGAAAUGGGGGGUGUGGCAUAAGCUGGGACUCUUUCUCCAUUAGUUGCCUUAACUUGUAGUAGCAACUCAGAUGAAGGCAACUGAAAAUUUGGUUCAGGGGUGUUUAAACAAGUCUUAAAUCAACAAUAUAAAGAGAAUGUUUGUUUUUGGUGGAAAGAACAUAUUUCCAAAAUCAGAAUAUUAAACUUUUAGAAUGAGUAAAUAUCUUUUUAUAACAUCAACAUUAGAUACAAAUCAUACAUUAGAUGUUAUUUAAUUUGUUCUUAAGUUUUUGCACAAUUCAAUUUGUAGCAUGUUUAUCCUGCAACAUUUUAGUUAGCUGAGCUAUCAUAAUAUUUGUUUCUAAAGCCAUCGCUAAGUAUAGAAAUGUCAGUCCAACAUUCCUCAUUUCAUAUACUUCACUUUAUUGUUUUUCAAAUAUCAUUCCAUCACAGAGAAAGCAAAGCAUACACUUACAUAAAAUUUUGACCACUGAUUUUUGACCACACACACAUUUUUUUUUUCUUCUCCUCUGACUAGAAAGCUCCAUGUUAGAUGAGUAAUCACUCUUCGUAGCGGACCAUCUUUUUCAUACUUUCCGUGUGUGUGAGUGCGUGUAUGUGUGCAUGUGAACAUGAUUGUCUGUGUAAGUGGGUCGGGUUACCUUCAGAGUUAAUGAUUUGAGUCGCAUAGCAGGUCCAGUCCUCUGUAUGUAAUCAGGUGAAAUAAAGGUUAUAUUGAUAUGAAAUCUUUACUUCUAUGCAAAUGUAGCCUCUGGCCCAUUCAUAUAAUCUUCUGCACUCAAAGUCUAAGCAGUGGGGAAAACAACCCAACGUAUAUUGUUUGACUCACAUUAUGCUUACAUGUCAGGAGCAUGCUUCUUAUAGAAUGGUUGGAUUUUUUUCUCACUUUCAAAGUUUGCAUGCUCUAAUGGGGUGGGGGGUGGUCUUUAAUUUUGGACUGGCAUUGAAGUAUUCUUUGUCCCUCAACCAAUGAAACGGUGUAAAAUAUCCAUAGACCAGUAGUUAUACUUGGGGUAGACUUUUUUCUUCAUGCAAAGUCUUCCAAAUGUUGGUUAGUAUUUAAGUAUUCUCAUACAGAGGAAUUUAAAUGUGUUGUGAGAAACACAUCAUACAUAUCAUCUGAUAAAUUAAGAGACAGCAAUUUAACCCUUUUGUUUUCCCUCAGCUGCAACUCACUGGUGCUGGACCCACUUACUGUUAUGAAUAGGUACCAAAGAUUAUAUUUCUCUGUUUUU